GCCGUCCCUGGGGCGCGGGCACGGGUAGCGGGGCGCUCUGUGCCCGCUCGGGCUUUUCCAAGGGACCGUGUCCAGCCCUGACUCGACGGCGGGUGCAGGGAGGAACGACAGGCUGCGGGCUCCUCUCCGGCCCGGGUGUCCACCGCCGCUCCUAGGGACGCGGCCGGGCCUUCCCAGGGGGUCCUCGGCGGCUGGGAUCGGCCCUCCAGAUGGCGGCGGGUCGUCCUCUGCGGCCUGCUAUCGGGAGCACCGCUCGCGUCACCAACAUCUGAUUUACAGCUGGCUUUUCCACGUUGCAGGAACUGGACCCCUUCGCCUCGCCCUGGCUGUUCUUUAGUACCCUUCUUUAGCCUAUGGGCCUGGGUACGCUGAUGCUUGUCAAGGGAAAGCCAUCAACCCCACAGCGAAAUUUUCAUCACAAAAGGCCUUUGGAGGGAACCCCUGAGGAUCAGUUCCUGGUAGAUGCUGUGCAAGGUUCCGGAAAGCCAGAGGGAGGGCUGCACAGAAGUGGGUUUGCAGUGAAUUAAAGGGAGAGGUUCAAAACCUAAACCCAGGAGCCUCCCAGCUGUAGGUGGCUCCCCCAAGGACUACACACAGGAAAUCUGAGACUUGAGGACCCAAAGAGACCGUCCAGUGUCAGAAGGGGACGAUGGCUGUGGCUCUGGGUUGCGCGAUCCAGGCCUCCCUGAACCAGGGCUCAGUGUUUCAGGAGUAUGACACUGACUGUGAAGUCUUCCGCCAGCGCUUCAGGCAGUUCCAGUAUAAAGAGGCGGCCGGGCCUCACGAGGCUUUCAACAAACUCUGGGAGUUGUGCUGUCAGUGGCUGAAGCCAAAGAUGCGUUCCAAGGAGCAGAUCCUGGAGCUGCUGGUGCUGGAGCAGUUCCUAACCAUUCUGCCCACUGAGAUAGAGACCUGGGUGCGGGAGCAUUGCCCAGAGAAUAGAGAGAGAGUUGUGUCCUUGAUAGAAGACUUACAGAGAGAACUGGAAAUACCAGAGCAGCAGAUGGACGGGCCGGACACGCUCCUGGAAGAACUGGCACCCGUGGGAAUGGAACACCUUCCACCAAGCCUCCACCUGGAGGCACCCUCGAUGCAGGUGAUGGGAGCUGGCCUGGAGGGCCCAGUGGCUGAGGUGUGGAUCCCACAGGCGGGCCCUCAGGAGCUUGGCUUUGGUGCUGCUGGGGAAUGUCAGCCCUUUCUGGACCCUGGAUAUCCAAUACUAAAGCUUGACAUGAACUUCCCAUUGGAGAACAGAGAAGAAGAAUGGGUGAAGGAACUACAGGAGUCCAAAGAAAUUAAACAAUUGCUUGAUUCCAAGAUAGGUUUUGAAAUUGGGAUAGAGAAUGAAGAAGAUGCUUCAAAACAGAAAAAAAUGGAGAACGUAUAUCCAUUUGUUGUGACUUUAGAGGGUAAUGCUCUCCAUGGUCCCACUUUACAAAAAGAGUAUGAACAAUUAGAACAUCAGUGGGAACCCCCUCCAGAGGAUUUACAGACUGAUUUAACAAACAUUGUAGAUGAGCAGAACCCCUCUAUAGGAGAGAAACCUGAGGCCUCCAACUUGGAAGAAACUCUCACUCCUAGACACCAUAAGAAAAAGAGUCCAGGAGACAAACCUCACCGAUGCCCUCAAUGUGGAAAAUGUUUUGCUCGGAAAUCACAACUUACUGGGCACCAGAGAAUUCACUCAGGAGAGGAACCUCACAAAUGCCCUGAGUGUGGCAAGAGAUUCCUCCGUAGUUCAGACCUAUAUAGACACCAGCGACUUCACACAGGGGAGAGACCCUAUGAAUGCACUGUAUGUAAAAAGCGAUUUACUCGGCGGUCACACCUUAUAGGGCACCAGAGAACCCACUCUGAAGAAGAAACAUAUAAAUGCCUUGAGUGUGGGAAAAGCUUUUGUCAUGGAUCUAGUCUUAAAAGACAUCUGAAAACUCAUUCAGGUGAAAAACCUCACCGAUGUCAUAAUUGUGGGAAAAGUUUUAGUAGACUAACAGCUCUUACUUUGCAUCAGAGAACUCACACUGAAGAGAGACCUUUUAAAUGUAAUUACUGUGGGAAAAGCUUUAGACAGAGGCCAAGCCUUGUUAUUCAUUUAAGAAUUCAUACAGGGGAAAAGCCGUACAAGUGUAGCCAUUGUUCUAAAAGCUUCAGACAGAGAGCAGGACUUAUUAUGCACCAAGUCACUCACUUUAGAGGACUUCUUUAAGAAUUGUGAAAGGAAUUACAUCCUAGACAAAUUGACAUGAACUCAUGAAACAUCUUAAUGUAUAACUGUUUGUCUUGGAAGAACCCUUGUGUUUGAGCUUAUAAGAACAACUUUUUUUUAUGAUUUUAUAACCCAUCUUCCAAGGCAAUUAGUUCAAGAUUAGCUACCUACCCUUGCAAAUUUUCAGUAUUUAAGUAUUCUGUAUCCAUAUCCAAAACUCUUUUAUUUUUUUUAGAAAAAUACUUUUUUUUUUGUAUUCCAAGUCAACCAUUUUAUGGGUGUCAACAUAAGACAUAAAUGAUGGUCAUCCUUUUCAGGUUGUGAUCAACAUAAUGAAUAAUCAUGUCUAUUUCAGUUCAAAGCUUUUUUUGUGGCCCAAGUGGCAAGAAAGGAGACACUAAUUUUGUUAAACAAUAAAAUAUGUCAGAAUUACAAUGGUGAAAGGGAUGUCACUUUCCUAGUAAAAGCAGCUAGGUUAUUUCCAUGGAAUGUUUUAUGUUUAAGAAGUUAAGAUUUUAAAUUUUACUUUUUAAUAUUGCAAAGUUUUCUAGUCUGCUUAGCAGUCUGUGAUGCUGCUGCUUAGAGCUGGGUCUUAAUUUGAUAUGUUUUGUUUAUAGAAUGAAUUUCAUGAGCAAUUAUCUGUGUAUGUCCAAGUCAUACAUAUAGAAUCUCUUUUAAUAUUGCUUGACUGAAACUAGUGUUUAUUGCUUUCUACACUACUUUGAUAUUCAGCUACUUGUCUCAGUGCUUUUUAAAUUUCCCCCACUCUUUAAUUCAGUGUCUCCUUAAGUGUGUCAUAGAUUACUUAGUUCUGCAAGAUAUUUCACAAGUAAUUUUGAGGAUCUCUUCUUGCUGUUUCCCCAUUCUUGAUUCACAAUGCAGAUCAUCCUUUGAGAAUCUCAGAGAGGUCCUCCAAUAAAGGGGAAAAAGCACUUUAUUUUUCUUUAGUUGAGGAGCUGUUGCUUUCCAGGACUUUUUUCACUAGGGAAUAGCCUCAUAUUUCCCCCAAAUAGGUACCAGCACAUCUCACCCACCACCAAAGCCCCCAACCUCUUUUCAACCAUCUCCUGCCUCCCCCUAUUGAAUCCUUGCAUCUGCUGAAAUAGAAUACAUGUUAUUAAUGUUUCAUUCUGUAUUUUAUUGUUUCUUAAACCUCACUAAUCAGUGAAAUAAUCCAGUAUUUCUCUUGCUUUUUCUGACUUAUUUCACGUAGCAUGAUUGCUUCCAGUUCCAUCCACGUUGUAGCAAAAGAGAGGAUCUUCUUUUCGUAAGCUGAGUACCAUUCCAUUAUGUAUAUAUAACACAGCUUCUUUAUCUGCUCAUCUGUUGUUGAAGACUUGGGUUGUUUCCAAAUCUUGCCUAUUGCAUAUAGCAUUGUAAGGAACAUAGGUGUGUAUAGAUCACUUCCAACAAGUGUUUUUGAAGUCUUUGGAUAGAUACCUAGAAGAGCUUAAUUGUAUGGUAGAUGUAUAUUUGAUGUUUUGAGGAACCUCCAGACUGUUUUCCAUAGGGACUGGAAUAAUUUACAUUCCCACCAACAGUGUAGAAGGAAGGGUCCCAUGGAAAAGCACUUUUUUUUACUCAAUGUUUUACAAGCCUCUUUGGCCCCCCAAGUCCCUUUUCAUAUACGCGUAAUAAUAGCCCACAAAACUAGUUAAUCUGUGAAUAUUCUUUGAAACAUUGCCUUAAACAAGUAUACUAUACCAGUAUAGUUUUUGUUAUUCUUCAAGCCUAGUUAUCUCUAGUUGUUUCAAAGAUGUUAUGGAAAGUUCUUUAAAUAUGUAUGUUUUAUAUGUAAUACACAUAUAGUUUUAAGGAGGUAAGGGUCAUUAAUUUCGGUAAUUUAUAGGUGAUUGCCAGUGAUUCUCAACCUUUUUGAAUUGUACUUAUAAUUACACACAUAUAUGCACACAUAUGCAUAUAGCUCCAUAUAUAAAUAUUCUCAUGUAGUAGUUUUAAUGACUCAAAUUUCUGUAGCAAGGGAACAACUCUCUUUGUCAGCUGAAACUGUCAACACAUGAAAAAUCUUCAUUCAGCAUAGUUCCAUGUUAAAAACACAAGAAUCAGAACAUUCAAUUAACCCCCCUUUUUUACUCAACAUGACCUUAACCUGUGUAGUUCGACUGCUCCUGGCAGACUUUUUUUCCCUUUUAAUUUCAGAGAGAGAGAGAAAAAAGGAGAGACAACACUGCACCACCCCACCAUUUAUAGAGCCUCCCUUUGAUGUCAUACAUGGUACUCUUUAUAUGGUGCUAGGCGCUUGAACCCAGCUCCUUAAGCUAGAACUAGGAAAAGUAAAUAUUUUCUGCUCAGUUGAAGGUCUUAGGAGUGGUAUUUAGUAAAAGUAUUUUGGGGGUAUCAACUAUGUGCCUAAUAAGUUCUGUUCUAGGCAUAAUGGAAACUAGUAAAGAUGAAAUCAUGGGUCAAGUUCAUAAAGAGUUUAUAAUAUCUUUUGUUAAAUAAGAGUUGGGAAGCAAGUAGACAAUAAUGCAAGAGAGUUUGGAAUUAAGUGCCAAAUCCUAUGUGCUAGAGCCAGGGUGUCUUUACUUCCUGUCAUCCAGGUCCCUGUAUGAUGCUGCUAUAAGUAUGGGGUUAUAUUGAAAACCCAGUAGCAAUAAACAUGUACCAUGGGAGGAGUCUGAAUGUAGAGAUGAAAAAUGCCGAAUGUAAUGACUUCUCUUUUCUCUCUUGUGGAAUUGCAUUCAAACCAGAACAGUGCCUUAGAAUGAUGUGCCCAACUGCUCUGUAUCUAUGCAAUAUUUUAAUAAAGUGUAAAUGUCUAUGUUG